GUGGGAAGAAUGAAGCCACCAGGACGCUGGGUCAGCCCUUGCAACCGAGAACCACUGCCUUUUCCCUCCAGGUCCUAAUUUCUCCAGACCUCCACCUCCCGUCCCCAAGACCCGCAUUUCCUGACUGAGGCCUAGGCUCAAACUCCGGCCUCUCCCGUCCAGGGCCCUCCUCCCUGCCCGGCCAGGGGCGGAGACUCCAGGCGCCAGGCUGGCCUGCAGCGGGAAAAACUGAGGAGUAGAGUGCAACUUAGAAGCAGUGGAGCUGGAUUUGAACCCAGGCAGUGGUGCAAGAUUCCCGAGCACUCUUAACCCUCCAGUGUCUGUAUGCUCAUGGGCCGGUGACUGAGACGACCUUCUCUCCUCUUGGACACUGGCCGUGGAAUGGGAUAUGUGCAAGUCGGCAUGAGCAGCGCCCCCGCGCCAGGUCCGGCGCCCGCCAGCCUCACGCUCUGGGACGAGGAGGACUUCCAGGGCCGCCGCUGCCGGCUGCUGAGCGACUGCGCGAACAUCGCCGAGCGCGGAGGCCUCCGCAGGGUGCGCUCUGUCAAGGUGGAAAAUGGAGCUUGGGUGGCCUUUGAGUACCCCGACUUCCAGGGACAGCAGUUCAUUCUGGAGAAGGGGGACUAUCCUCGCUGGAGCGCCUGGAGCGGCAGUGGCGGCCACCACAGUGACCAGCUGCUCUCCUUCCGGCCAGUGCUCUGCGCGAAUCACAGUGACAGCCGUGUGACACUGUUUGAGGGGGAGAACUUCCAGGGCAGCAAGUUUGAACUCAGCGAUGACUACCCAUCUCUGCCUUCCAUGGGCUGGGCCAGCAAGGAUGUGGGUUCUCUCAAAGUCAGCUCUGGAGCGUGGGUGGCCUACCAGUACCCAGGCUACCGGGGCUACCAGUAUGUAUUGGAGCGGGACCGGCACAGUGGGGAGUUCCAUACCUACAGCGAAUUUGGCACCCAGGCCCACACCGGACUGCUGCAGUCCAUUCGAAGAGUCCAGCAUUAA